AUCAUCCCCAUCAGGCUGUAAUAGGAUCCACCUGUGUGAGCAGGAAGCUCUCCUCUACCUGCAGAGUUUAUGCCCACCACAAACUUCUUUAAAAACUGCAAAACAACGAGGACUGGCCCACUCUUGUGCCAUGGGUUGUUCAAUUGGAUUGGGCUGGUUUGUUCUCCUGGUAGCCGUUGUAAACACAGAGGCUCAAAAGAAGCCCUCAGCAAACAUCCACUCAAAAUGCCUGGGGAACAUCAUGCGUGUGGAUGUUGGUCCACUUGGAGGAAAUCUUCUUGAAGUUGCUGUUGUUGCCAACAACUCUGCCAUCCCUCUCACACCAAGUUUAGCUUCUCAGUGUGGUUUCAGUGUGAAGACGGACCAGCUGGGGAACACCAUGAUUUAUGCCUCACUUCAAAACUGCUUUGCUCAAAAUGUGGCAGAUAAGGCGUUCACAACAACAUUAAAUCUCCGCCUGCAUGGGAACCGGAUGGUUGAAGACGAGCUGUACCAGGUGGCUGAAACCUGCCACUACACUUCCUGGGCCUCCAGGGAAAUUGUCUGUGACCGCAGCUACAUGGAGGUGUCCGUGAAAAGGGCAGCUCCAGAUGAUUACGGCUUGCCUGAGCAUCCCAUCCCAGGGGCCGAUUCAAAGUUUGGGGAUCCUCGACGAGCUGCUGAGAAACAGCCAGAAGACACAGGAUUCAGAAUCACAACGCUGGUGUUCUUCACUCCUGUGGAGAGGAUGAUGAAGGUGGCUGAGGCCCAGAGACGUGGUUACGGGAUCGCAAACACGGCUACAAGGCUGCUUCUGAGAAGUCCACAUGCUUCGCCUGAGUCGUACACCCAGAACGUAGCAGGGGUGCCCAUGACGGUGCUAAAAACCUCAAUCAUAUUUGAGAAGAAGUGGCUGGCGACUCAGAUCGACGCAGCAGCUGCUUGUCCGUCACUGGAGGGUAGCGUUUCCUUCACCCCAAACGCGAUCAGCUGGUUCCUGCCGAGGCACAUCGACCCUCUGGUUUCCUCCGGCCAGUUCAGGCUGUUGGAGGUGCACAUGGGCGUUGACGGUCAGAGGCUCGACCCUGCUGAGAUGGCUGCCAGGGGAUACACGCUGUCCGUCAAUGAUGUAUACAUCGUGGUUGAGAUUCCUAUCGGGGCUGUUGGUGGCUACUUUAAGAGUCAUGUUCAGGAUGAUCAUUACUACACUUAUUACGCCAUUGAGCCGAUGCUUGAGGUGCUCUGGACUGAAGAAACCACUCACGAGGACACAAGAUACAAAGUCCUCUUCCCCAUCACGACGCCUUUACUGUCUCGACCUCCGCAAGUCAUCGACAACACGGUUCCAGAGGAGAGGAUGUUCAAAGUGCUGCUUGGGCCUGUCGGCUCCGAUGUGGCACUGAUGAACAUUGCCUUCCCCUCGGAGGUUUUGUCCGUGGCGGACUGCAAUGUCAGAGGCUUUAACGUGCUGGAGCACAUGUCCCCGAGCAGCAGCACCAAGGUCUUUACACUUAAAGUGCCUUUCACGGACCGUGUUGUAUUACAAAUGAGGGAAAUGGGGGUGACGGUCUACUCCCUUCACCUGACGUUUGGCUUGCUGGUCCUGCCAGAGUUUGCUCCGUUUUCUCACACUGCAUAUCUGGAAACUAAAUUAACGGACGUAGUUCCUCCUUCCGUCUCUGGUGGCUGCGACCAUCAGUCCUUCUAUGUCAUUGUGAAAUACGGGACCUUCAAUUUUCAGACAGUAGUGGGAAAACGGAUGAUUACCCCAGUCCUGGCUCAGCAGUAUGGAUUCGUGGAGAAUGGAACGCACACAAUUUUUUCGGUGCCGUUUACAGCCCCAGAUGUUGUGUUUGAGGCUGUUGAGGGGUCGUCCAUCAGGACCAGACUCGACGUGGUUCUGAGGAAUCCGGAAACCAAUAAGAAUAUCAAAGAGUUUUCUAUGGCUUGCAGUUUCUACUCAACCCUGACCGAGUGCUUUCCUAAUGGCACAAUGACGGCUCUGGCCGUAAAACUAGAGUCUGUUCCCAGUCUGAACCCCAGUCAGCUCACCCUCAGAGACCCCACCUGUGGUCCCUCCUACAGCGACGACCGCUACGCAUAUUUUGUCUUCACUGGGAGCUCCUGCGGGACGACAAGAAAGUUUUUACAAAAUAUGAUGCUGUACGCAAAUGAAAUCUCUCUGCCAGACGAGCUUGAGAUGAAAAGGGAAUCGAAAGCAGACGAACCGGAGUACGAGUUAAAGAUUUCUUGUUAUUAUGACAUCAACAAAACCCACGCUGUGGCCUUCCACCCCAGACCUCGCAGGAGCGAACCGUAUGCUGAAAAUGCAAGAGGCAAACUGCAAGUCACAAUGAGACUUGCUUUAGACGACUCCUACAGCACGUUUUACACCAGCGAUGAUUAUCCCAUCAUAAAGUACCUACAACAGCCACUGUAUUUUGAGGUGGAACUGACGAGGUCAUCAAACCCCCAAUUGUCCCUGGAGCUGGAGAACUGCUGGGCGACACUCAAUGAGGACAGGACAACCCAACCCAGAUGGAACCUCCUCAUUAACGGUUGCGUGAACCCAGUGGACCCAUCCCAGGUGAUCCUCCAUCCAGUUUGGGCUGAUGGAAGAGUUCAGUAUCCUUCUCACUUCAAGAGAUUUGAAGUCAACAUGUUUGCUUUUGCUGAAGACCAAGAUAACUUGAGUCAACAGCUAUUUGUCCACUGUGACACGGUGAUCUGCGAUGCCAGAAAUCCAUUAGGUGGUGUUUGUAAUGGGCAGUGUUCAAACCAGGAAAACAGGAUAAAAGGUCAAAGACGAGCAGUUUCAGAUGGUCAGACUUUCACACAUGUAUCAUCAGGACCAAUAUUUGUAAAUUAACCCACAAAAUAAAAAUGAUUUUUAACAAUUCA